AUGAAUAAAAUCUUUUCAUUAUUAUUAGUUUUCUUAUUAGUCGGUUCAUCAUAUGCCAAAAUUGAUGAAUGUAAUAUGUGCAUUGACUUUGUCAACAGCUCAUUAAACGAUUUAAUUAAUAUUAUCUUAAACUCUGGUGUUAUUGGUUCAUGCGCUGAUCUUUGUGGUAAAUUACCAAACAACAUUUUAGCUGACGGUUGUGAUCUCCUUUGUGACUACAUUGGUAUUACUGAAUUUGUUAAAUUACUCUCAGAAGAAGACCCAGAUCCAAUCUACAUUUGCGAAUUAACCAAGAUCUGCAGUUACAACGAUAAUGCUAAUGCUACCAUUACCGAUCUUGCUAUCAACCCAGUUAACGGUACUGUUGGUGGUACAUUCACCAUCGGUGUUGCUUUCACUGUUUCAAACACUAUUGCUACUGGUGAAAUUGCUUUCGGUAUUGUUGACCCACAAGGUAACUCAUUCGGUGAUGCUGUUGUUGUUGUCCAAGCCACUCCAAACCAAUACUCCUCAUCAUUCCAAUUCCAAGCCACCCCAAGCGAACAAGAAGCUUUCCCAUCAGGUGAAUACGAAUUAAUCAUGCAAGUUUGUGAAGGUUCAUGCGGUUCACCACAUCCACACAGCAAACUCUUAUCCCAACAAUCCACCAACUUCACCAUUACUGGUAGUGACUCAUCAAACUCUGGUGGUUUCUCAUCUGGUUCUUCACAAUCAGGUUCACAAUCUGGUGCUGCUACAGGUACUGGUAAUAGCGGUCAAGUCCAUUUUUAA